AUGAAAUCAAGCUAAGAUUUAUCAAAAAUCUUAUUAGAUGUAGCUGCCUAAAAAAAUAUAAGUAUUCUAGGAACUAGUAAAGGGUGCGGUGUUACAUCUUUGACUAAUUUUUUAUAUAAAAACUAUGGAUUUAAACCUGAAGGAGAUCUUAAAAUUUAAGAAUUAGAAUUAGGUAGAAUAACUUUAGCCAUUGAAGAUAAAAAUGUAGUUAGCAUUGACAAUACUAAUGAACAUUUUUGCGAUAAAGAAGGAAUAAUAAUUGUCAUUGAUCUUACUGAAAAAAAUCUAGAUUCAGUAUAGUUUUCAAACAUACUCAAAACUAUUAAAAAGUUUAAAUUAAACUUUGUCUGGUAUUUCAAUAAACUUGAUAAAGCUAUUUUCGACAUGUAAAAAAGUAAUCCAGAAGAAGUCUACUAACUCUUAAUAGAAAAAAUUGAAUAAGCAAAUUAACUGAUUGAAUAAGUUAAUGAAGAUUAAAGCGAUUAUAUUGAAGAAAUCGAACCUACAAGGUCUAAUGUAUUGAUUGGAUCAGCAGUUGAUGGAUGGGCUUUUUCAUUACAUAAUUUCGCUGAAGAGUACAGUAGCAAGUUGAAGAUUGAACCUUAAAAAUUAGUUACUAAAUUUUGGGGAGAAAAUUAUUAUAAUUCUGAUGACAAGACAUGGCACAUCACUUCUCAAGAUUAGAAAAAAGUUAAUAGAUCUUUUUGCACUUUCAUCUUUGAUCCUAUUUGGAGACUUCAUUUAUUAAUUAGAUAAGGAAGUUUAGAUCUUGUUCAAGAACUUGUAAAGUAAAUUGGUAUUGAAGUUGACAUUUCAAACAAAUCUGGAAGAAUUUUGUUGAGAGUCAUAAUGUAUGCUUGGCUUAAUAGUGCCAAAGCUAUCUUAGGAGCUGUCUAAAAGCAUAUUUUAGGAUUUGAGGAGGGUUUAUUAGAAUUAAAUAGAUGGUAAGUUUAUAGCAAAUAAUUAGAAAAGUAUCAAGAACUAAAAUCAAAUAUGAUUUAUUGCUUUGGAAAAGAUCCUACAACAGGAUUAACACUUGCAAAAAUUCUAAAAAAAAGGGAAAAUAAAAUUGCUAAGCUUAAUGCUUUUGUAUGUGAUUUGAUGACAGGUCCAUAGCUUCUUAGAUAAAUAGAGGUUACUGGUAUAUUUUAGCCUUAUUUUUCCAAAAAUUAUAUAACUCUAGAAUGGAAUCAAGUUAUUUAAGGCUAAGUUGUGCUUAUAAAAGCUGAUGACCUUUAAGAAGGUAUGAUUUUAAUUGAAGAAAAUGGAAUUUAAUUCUACAAAACAUACAGCUAACAGUACAAAGAAACUCCCUCUUCUUUGGAAAAUAAAAAUCCUUUCAGCAUUUAAAACUACAUCUUAGGAACAUUAGAUAAACUUAACCCAAAGCUUAAAAAAGUUUUUGCCUAAAAAAAUGAAUUAUUUUUAACAUUUGAAGAAUUAGCUGAAUAUCUCAUUCAAAAUAAUGACUUUACAAAAUAGGAUGUUUCCUCCAUUGUUUGUAUUAAGCAAGAUUGUAUCGUAUUGAAUUACUCCAAAAAUUCACAAAAUAAAAGUAUAUUUAAGUGCUUUGAAAAGGCAAUUGAACUAUCAAAUAUUAAAGGUUUAAGAAUAGAAAUAGAGCAAAUAAAUGACAAAGCAGCCAUUAACGAAGAUGAUCUAGUAAAGGCAAUUGUCAAUGAAUUUAAAAGUUAUAUAUGA